CUCGCCCGCGCCGCCACAGCGCAGCACUCGCCCUCACUCCAUCUACGUGAUUUACACUGUACAUUCCUGGUGCGGCUUGACACCACGCCGCAGGCAUGUGGCAACUCGUCAGUAUACUCUGCAACGUGCAGCUGUGGUUUAGCGAUGGCCACGCCAUCAACAAAGUUCGCGGGGGGCAGAAUGUCUCAUCGCGGCUGAUCGUGGACAGCGGUGGCUUUCUCGACCUCACCGAGUUUCGGUCCGGCCCGGGCCUUGCCAUUGAUGCCAACGGAGCGGUGCUCUCGCUCCGGCUGCAGACCGGGGCUCCCGCUUCCUGUCCGGAACUAGACCACGUCGUCCCUUGGGUGAACCUGACGCUCGAUGUUCAUGACGGCGGAAUGUUCGAUCUGAGCUUCCACGAGCUUCCCGAGACCGUAAUUGAGUGUUACACGACCUCGCCCGUGUCUGGCAAGCUCAAGCAGCUGCCUUAUAUAUCCGACAGUGAUGCCGGGUAUCUACUCAACAUGAUUGAGGAGCAGUUUGUGCCGUAUCAGAACAUUCCCGAGUCGCCAGGCAAGUCCGUUGAAGAGAUACGGGCGCUCGGCAAGCAGUUCUUCCCGUUCACGCGCCACAGCUUUGAGCUGGCGAUGAGCGUGUACGACUGGACGACGGCAUCCUUCGCACGCCUCGUGCUUAUGAAAAUCUUCCAAUACACGGGCAUCGACCCGCCGCCGCACCCCCUCGACAGCAGGUCCAUCACCGAGCAGAUCUGGGCGAGCAACUGGUCGUACUACACGCCGCAAAACGACAGCUACAUGCGCUCCUUCCUCAUGAAGCCCGCCGACUCGCUUGCCGACGUAGAGGCGCAGCUCGCCAACGUGUCGACGGAGCUGCAGCGCUUCAGCGACGUGCAGAACCGGCUCCUGGGCGCGGCAUUCGCGGCGCUCCCGCGCACGGCGGUGCUGGCCAAGCCGCGGCUGUACAGCGGGCAGCCCGACAUCUCCCAGCUCGGGCUGGAGCACUUUGGCAUCGAGUUCCUCGAGUGCCCGCUCAACGACGGGCCCGUCGGGACGACGCUCGUGGCGCCGUUCGGCGACGCGCUGGCGACCUACGCGGGGAUGGGGAGGACGGUGACGACCAAGAUGGUCUGGAGCUUCACCGACAGCCUCGAGGACGCGAUGCACUACGCCAACGGCAUCGUGCUGGUGGCCGAGCCGGGCGACGGCGCGUGGGUGUGGGACACGGCCGCGUACGUGACGCCACUGUCGGACGACCCGCGGAAGGUUGAGUACACGUUUGCGCCGGGGACGCGCUUCAAGGUCAAGAACAUCGACCGGGCCGCCGUUUCGGGGAAGCCAGUGGUCGUCAUUACCUUGCAGCCCGAGGUCCGGGCCGUUCAGACGAGGGACGAGGCCGAAUCCGCCUCUAGACUUGGUCCGGACAAGUCCCAGCUGUUGAGCGCUGCUGGGUCUCUGGAACCCUUUGUCCCGUCGGGCAGAAUCCCGCAUAGCAGGCACCGAUAUGGGGGGAGGCCUUGCGCGUGUUCGAGACAGGAGGGGCACUGACGUCGAGUCUGGACGGCCAUUGACCGGCCUUUUUUGGAUAGUAGUCGUCAUGAAGCUCGCGUGAAGUGUUCAAAAGGUACCAUCAUUGGUGAAUCAAUCAGUCUCUGGAGAUGAUGGAUUUUCAACUUGCGGGAGAUUUAUAGCUGGAGUCGCCCAGUUGUAGAGCAUGCCCCAGCAUUCCCGCCCACUGGGCACCUCAACUCCAGGUUGCCCUCGCGGUCCCCCUGAUCCACUCCACUCCAGCUGUGCUCC